AUGGAUGGCACGUCGGAUUCAAAGACACGCAUGCUGCUGGACCAGUUCUUGUCCAAGAGCCCGCCGCAGCAGUUCACCCACGCAUUGGAAAAGUUUCUCACCUCUCCACUUCCGACUCUCCACCCUGCAUCAUGGGCGCCGCCUGCGGAUGAGGCAGCAGUGCGUCUGGACCUCGUCUGCCAAUUACAAAAGAACUUUAUCGAAUCGCUCGGACAAGAUGUUUUAUUUACCGCGUCGCAGAUAUCGACCCUGGUCCUGAUGCCGCUCAGCACUCUCCAAAAACUUGUCGCCGACACUGGACCUGACACGCACAGUUUGACCAGGACAGCUGUUUCUCAAGGAUAUCUUAAUAUGUCCUCCAAGGCCAACACCCCGACGCCGCAACUAAGAAAAGAAAGACGCCCGGGCAAGAACCACAGCCUGUCGAACAACCCCGCGAUGUAG